AUGACAUUAGCUACAUUCUUUGGCUGCUUACUAACAGCAUACGGACCAGGCCUAUCUAUAUUCUUUGUCCACGUAGCCAAAAAGAGCCAACUGGUUCUACUCACAAUCUCAGCUGCCUUCUUCUGGCUCGUCGGCAUUCUCAUCGCUUCCAUAAUCUGGUACAUUGCUCCAACCGCACCAAUAUACGUCACCAUCUUCCUCGCGGUAUUCUUCCAGGAGCUGUUUAGAUGGCUGUUUUUCUUGCUGCUAUCACGUGCCGAACAAGGCCUGAAGCUCGUAUCGGAAUCUGCUAAUCCGAGAUACGAUAGGAUUGACUACUCGUUUGUAUGCGGACUAGGAUUCGGCCUAAUGAGCGGCAUGAUACUCUACGUGACGCAGCUAGUUGAAUCGGCUGGUCCAGGGAUACUGCCAUGCAAGUCAUGUCCUAGUGUUGACGUGUUCUUUAUUAGUGCGUUAACAACCAGCCUCUUCAUACUCCUCCACGUAUUCUGGAAUAUGGUAGCCUUCCAAGGCUUCUUCAGAGGCAGUUACUGGCCCGCUGCGUAUGCGUUCGUGACGCAUUUAUGUGCCUCGUAUGGCACUUUAUUGAUACCGUCAUCAGUAUCAUACGGAUGUGUGUACUCGAUGCUGAUAUCGCUAGCCAUACUGGUGGUGACGGGCAUCAUGGCUUUACGGCCAGUGUUUGCUGCGAUUAAGAGUAUACAUAGGGACUAG